AUGUAUAUGAAAAGGUCGGAGUUGGAGACCUCAAAUUAUCUCAAGGAUGAUCGUCUUAGCAUACAUGGUACAGUCAGCAUAGUGCAAACUCAUUUUGAAGAGGGGAAACGUUAUGUUAUUCCUGUAUCUCCAUCAGAUAUGAUUCAGAAUCUCAGGCGUUUGCUGAAAUCUGAAAUUGGUUCUGAUAUUACUUUUCAAGUUGCCGGUGAAGAAUUCCGAGCCCAUAAGUCGAUUCUUGCGGCUCGAUCUCCUGUAUUUAAAUCUAUGUUUUUUGGACUAGUGGGUAAUCGAGACAUGGAAACAACAGUUGUUGAAGAGUUUGAUCCUUUUGCUUUUAAGGUCAUGCUGCUAUUUUUGUACUCGGAUGAACUUCCUGAAACACAUGAACUUUGUGAUUCAGAUUCUCCUUGCACUUCAACUAAAAUCAUGCGACAUCUAUUAACUGCAGCAGAUUGCUAUAAUCUUGCUCGAUUGAGACAAAUGUGUGAGGCUAAAUUAUAUGAAGAUAUAGCUGUAAAUACUGUGGCAGAUACACUGGCAUUAACAUAA